AAACGAAUAUUGGAAACUGCGCAUGCGCACUUACGAUGUUAUGAUUUUUCUCGAUCAUUUAUAAGGCCUAAUGUCUAAUUAGUUAUUUAUUAUAAUUGUUCAUCUAAUUACUCUUAGGUUUCUAAUUGUAAAUUUAAUUGAUUGUUACACUUUUCGUUUUGGUGAAUUGUGCUUCAUGGUCAAUUCAAUUUGCGUUUUCCAUCAUUUUGGUUAACUCUUUUUGUCCUUUGUUAACUGUCAAUUUAAAUAAUUUACAAUUAAUUAGCUGAUUAUUUAUAUACUAUAACCAUGACCACCACUAAACGUUUACAAAAUGAUUCUAGUAAGACAAUUUUGUCAACUAGUUCUGCUGCUACAACAGCUUCACCUUCAUUGGUUUACAGACGCUUAUCCAAAGGUAAUAAUAAUUCAACCAGUCAACUUGAUUAUAAUCCAAUGGACAGGCUACCAAGAAAUCCGACAGUAUUGCCACUUAUUCUUGUGAUAUCAAUCUAUUUAAUUGUAACUUUUAUUACCGUUGGUUUUGGCCCGUUUGCUUUACCAUCUCUUACUUCAUCUUCAUCAGUUGUUUCACCUUCAUCACCUUCAUCUCCGGAAUCAUCAUUGAUUGAGAAAAGAAUCGACCCAAAGAAUAUCGUCUCUUCUAGUCGAUCAAGUCGACUUAUUGAAGCUUCAACCAGUUAUAAGACUCAUUCAAUUGUCUUUGAUGCAGGGAGUACCGGAACUCGAAUUCAUGUGUUCACUUUUAGGAUAACAAAUCUACGAAAUGGUGGUAAAAAGGUUAAAUUGUUGAAUGAAGAUUUCAAACAAGUAAAACCAGGCCUUUCAGCCUAUGCUGAUGAACCAAAAGAGGCUGCCAAUAGUCUCAUUCCAUUACUUGAAAUUGCCUUUAAACGUAUACCAAUUAGUAAAAGAUCAUCAACUCCAUUGACAGUUAAAGCAACGGCUGGUCUUCGUUUAUUACCUGGUGAUCAGGCUGAUGCAAUUCUUGAUGAGGUUGACACAUUCCUCCGUAAUUUGGAUCAUCCAUUUAAGAUGGAAUCUGAUUCCUCGGUAACUGUCAUGGAUGGAGAAGAUGAAGGUGUCUUUGGUUGGUUUACUAUUAAUUUCUUAUUGAAUCUCUUAAAUAAUGAUCUCAACUCUGUGGCCCAUCUCGAUCUUGGCGGUGGAUCAACUCAAGUCACCUUUCCACCCAUAAGAGAGAAAACUGUUAAUGAAUCACCUGAAGGAUUUAUAGUUGAACGUAAUCUAAUUGGAACAAAGAAACAACUUUACACUCAUUCUUACCUUGGCUUUGGUUUAAUGUCUUCACGAAAGGGUAUUCUUCAAAGAUCUUUGACCAAUGGUACUUAUGGUGGAAUGAGUAAGAAUAAUAUUAUCCAUGUUAAUCAUCCAUGUUUCCUGGAAAAUACAAAGACAAGUUGGGUUUUUGAAGGUCGAACUUAUCUUAUUGAAGGAGUCGAAGGUGAUUGUUUCAAAAUUGCUCGAGACUAUGUCACUAAUCAAGGUGGUUCAUCUAUAUUUAAUCAUCCACGAGAAUUAGUUAAUCGAGAAAUUUACGCCAUCUCUUACUAUUAUGACCGAGCUUCAGACGUUGGACUAGUUAAUGCAACCCAAAAUGGUGGAGGCCUCAGGGUAAAAGAUUAUUAUCUUGCCGCUAAAAUGUUUUGUGGUUCACAAUUUGACAAAUCUGAUCCAAACACCAACAGACAAAUUGUAGCUGGACAACCUGAUGUUCAAUUCAAUUCAAAUUUCAUGAUGUUCAAUGAUGCACCAGUUCAGGGAAUCAAUGGAAUCUUUGCUGAAAAUCCUUUCAUCUGUUUGGAUCUUGCGUAUAUCACUAAUCUUCUUAACGCUGGUUACGAUUUAGAUUGGCAAAAGGAGAUUAACGUUGUUAAAAAAGUUAAAGGGGUUGAAUCAAGUUGGGCUCUAGGAGCUGCUGUUAGUUUGAUUAGAUAAUUACUAUUUAUUGAUUAGCUUAAAAGAGAAAAUCUUAAUCCCUACCAAAGGAAAUUAAGUUCUUACAUCUUAUAAAUAAUUAUUUGUAAAUUUACAUUCUGAUUUCCUAAUUCCCCUUUCAUCUCUUUCGUCGAAAUUAAUUAAUAACUGUAAAUAAGUUCUUAUCAUCAAAUGCUCAUCACCAACGCUUCCUCAUUGUUAAUAGAGAUCAUCAACCAAAAAAAACAACAAUUAACCACCAGAACACCAAAAAAAACCGAAUCAAAAGGAUUGAAAUUCAACACAUUCAGUUAGACUUGUUUAGAUAAUUAUUUGUUAAUUGUUUCCAAUUUGUGAUGUAUUAUUGAAAAAUCUUGCCUUUUAUGUUGCAAUUGUUAUUGUGAUGAUUGAAAACAAUUGUAACAAUUUUACUCUUUCUCAGUAAUAAUUGUCAUAAAUUGUCAAUUCUGAAAUGGUUUUCAGAGCAAUCGCCAAAAAAAUUAACUACAAAAGUCAUAAUCAAACCAAAAAAACUAAUAAACAAUUAAAUGACUAAAAAUAAAUACGAAACAUCAAAAUUAAUUUGAUUGUUUAACCAAAUCACAA